AUGAGCCAGAACACACAUAUAGCAGCACCUCCUACACCGCAAGCCGACAUAGCAUUGCCUUCCACCUCGACACCAACAGUGGUACACCCUUUAUCAGGAUCUCUUGAAGAAUACACAUUUUCCAAUGUACCUCAAGGGGACAUGACCAAUUACGAUCAAACCGAGCACUACGAGGAACCAGCUCUUCUUCGUGCUGGUCUAGCCACCAAGCCUCGUCUUGUGCUCAUGACAUCAAUUGGGUCGUUUUGGGGCUUCAGUAUUGGCGCUUAUUUGGGUGGUCGUCAAUCCGGAUUGCAAUAUCUAGCAGAGAACGCACACAAACUACCAACAACGGUGCAAGGCUGGUACUUUUAUCACAAAACAAAAAAUUACAGAAUGAUGUUGGGUGGCGUGAAACGAGGUGUACGAUUUGCAGGAAAGACAGGUGGAUUGUGUUUGCUGUAUGGAUCAUUAGAGGCUGCAUUGGAUGACAUGCGAGGCGAGGCAGAUGUGAUGAAUUCAGUUGCGGCAGGUGUGACAACAGGCACUGUGUUUUCAGCUCUAACAAGAUUGACGAGAGGGUCAUUUAGAUAUUCGGUUGUGUUUGGAGCCAUUUUUGGCCUAGCAGCUGGAGGUCUCUCUGAUUUGCAUAGAUUUGCUUCAGGGAAUCCGCCCUCUUAUGGACUGUAUUUGGCCUCUUUGGUGAAAGGCAAGAAGGAAAUAGACAGUAGAGUCGAAUAA